AUGCCUCAAGACAGUCUGAGAUCAGUUGUGUACAGAUCAUUUGUUACAUGUGAUGAUCGAAAAGGAGUGGUAGAGUGCGGAACAAUUAGAAGGUCCAAAAGUGGUUCUGAGAAGAUGGAGCAUAAGAAUGAAGGCCGAAAAGCACAGAGCAGAUCAAACCUAUAUGUGGGGCAGAUGGCAGAAAGAGAAGAGACGAUGUCUGAAGGGUCCAUAGAAGAACUACAUAGCUCAUCUUCCUGUCAGCUCUUGGAGGUUUCAAGAGGAGCGCACGAGCUGAAUCAGGUAAUUGACUCAUGGUCCAAAGGGCUUUGGUAUGAUGGGCAUUCGAAGGAUAUAGCAAAAGAUUUGUUGAAAGGAGCGCUUGAUUUGCAAGACUCUCUACAUAAGCUUGGGAAAUUGCAAGAAGCAUCUCAUUAUAUGGCCAGAUUGAAGAAGAAGGAAAAGGAAAAAUGCGAUAGGAUGAGAAAUGAUCAAGUGGUUCAGAGAACGAAUUCAAGUCCAGUUGGGGAGCGAAACCAUCCAAUGGGGAUAAAAAAUCCACGCCUUUCUGCUGAUGGUUCUUCAAGAGACUGCAUUGAGGAGCUUAGGAAAGCCAUUAGAGACAGCCUAGCUAGGCAAAAUCUAUUGCCAAACCAAAAUGCUGAAGAAAAGAGAUGCUGCAGCAGAAGAUAUCUGGACUCAGCUUCAGAUAUCCCGUCCACAAGCUCGAGCCAAUCUUCAACUUUCCAAACUGAAAACUUUCCUUCCUUGGAUUCAUCUAUCUCAUCAGCAGCUGUAGAAAAGAAGGCAAGUGGCCCAAGUUUGAUUGCAAAGCUUAUGGGCCUAGAAGAAAUGCCCUCAAAAUCAUUGCAGACAAAUUCCCAGGAAGAGCUGGAGAGUAAGAAGACUUUUAGUCAACAGAGGCCUAUCUUUGAAAUUGAUGUGCCAAAAGUAAGGAAGUCUCAAUUUGUGCUUCGAAAGGAAGAUCCAGAGAGGAGGGCGCUGAAGGACAUCCUUGAAUCCAUGCAUUUUAAAGAACUUCAGAAAAGCAACUCCAUCAAAGAGAUUAAGCCUGAUUCCCAUCAAUCCAGGGACUUCUUUUCUGAACAGAGGUUGAUUAAUGAUAGUCCACCUAUUGUACUCAUAAAACCUCGAUAUGAUCUGCACUUGAGACCAAAAGAGAAGUUUGUGCCAGUGUUGCAGGAGGAGGGAACCUUAAACACAGAAACUGCGCUCAAAAAGGUGAAAACAAAAGAGGUGCCUCCUUCCAAAACAAUUGACUCCAACAAUAGAUGUUUGAGUCUUAGCCAGCAGGAUGGUGCUAAAGACAGCCAAGAGAAGGAGGCCAGACCUGUGAAAAAAGAAGCAAAGAUUAAGCAGAGGCUUUCUACGAAGAUGAAGAGUUUGGGUCCUGUAACUCAGCCAUCGCUGAAGAAAGAGGCAACUGGCAAGAAAAUUGACAAGAUACCAAAACCUGCAAUAAGCAGCAGGAAACCAGUUGAGAAGGAGGUAGCAAAAGCAAAGAAUUUAUCAAGGUCUAAAGAUCAAGCCAAGGUUAACCCUCCAAAGUCCAGUAAGCCUGAAAAUGGAACAAAUGUUACAAAAAAUAAAGUUUCCCGUCAACAAAGCGCUAUUGCAAAGUCCAACUCCAAUCACAAAGCAGAAACUGUAGUCCGUGGUCCCAGUGGUCAGAAAAGGAGCCCAACAAAAAAGGAAAAGGAAGUGAGCAAGGCUACAUCUGCGAAAAUAACUGUGAGUCCUUUUAAGUUUACAUUCUGCUGUCAUAAUUCUAAAUUUCAGAUUAGAAAUACCUCUAUUUUAUCUUCUGUGCAGACUGAGGAAUUAGAAUGCAAAGGAGAUAUUGUUUUCGAAGAAAAGAGGAUUGAUCUUACAUCUGAAACUGAUAUUGUUUUGGAAGAAAAGAGGAUUGAUCUUGCAUCUGAAAAUGAUACAGUUUUGGCUGGAAAGAGAAUUGAACUUGCAUCUGAAAAUGAUACAGUUUUGGCUGGAAAGAGAAUUGAUCUUGCAUCAGAGAAUGAUACUUUUUGGAAAGGAUAUAGCACUGAAACUGCAGAUCAACUUCCUACAAAAGAGGGAACAGAACACACCACUAUUCAGAUUGGAGAUGCAUUUCUGGUGACUACUGACGAUCAAAACAGCAGAAGAUCUAUUGGAGUAGUUGAUGAUGACCCAAUCAUUCCAAUUGGAACCAACAGUGAAAGCUUCAUGAGAAGGACCAGUCUAAAGGAUUUGCUAUUGAGCAGUCCAGCUUUUCUCAAUCAUGCAGAGGAGCUUUUUCAUCUUCAUGUGAAUGUUCCUCCAACGUCACAAAAAUUUGGCAUCAGUGACUUCACAGAUGCCAACACACAGCUCUCCUUGGAUUGUGCAAAUGAAAUUGUUCGACGAAGAAGCUUUCCUGAUUCUCAAAUGGUCCACCCUCCGUUACUAACCCUGGUUGGAAAUGCCAAAAGUCGUAUCUCUCUAGACCAUUUAUUAAAGAAAACUUGUAAUGGUGUUGAGGAUCUGAGAAGCUAUAGCGAACUUGCCAGUGAAAACUAUCCUACUGAUAGUCUUUACGCAAUGCUGGAAAGAGAUAUAAAGCUCAGUGAAGUUUCAAGUGGAAUAUGGGACUUGGGUUGGAGGAAAGGAUUUUCUGUGGAUGACACAAUGCAAGUAGUGGAUGAUAUAGAGAAGCAACUAUUGAGCUGGUUAAUUGAGGAGAUUUUUGCCUAAGUUCUGCUUUACCAACUUGUUUAAUGGUUCAAUGUAUGCAUAGCUUCAAGAGGUCAGUGAUUCAGCAUUGUAAAUAACCUUACUUUGGUUGACAAAAGGAGGCAGCGUUGGAAGUGUUGGCCAUAUCUCGUAUUCAAAGAUAUAAUUCAACUGUGAAAUUUUCAUUGCUAUUAGUGACAAAUGUAAAUUUAGAUUUAAGCCAUUUCAAGAGUAAAAGCCUGGCACAUAGAUGUGAUAUCUAGAUAAAUUGAAAUCUGUAAAUAAUCC